UUGAAGGCAAGAAGAAGAAGAGCAGUUGAUAAUAUCAGCAUCAACAGUUGUCAAUGACAACAGGGUUGUGGUCUCUGAUCACCAAAACCCCAAAAAUGGCGUUCUCUAGAAAACCUACAUGCACUCUCUUCUUCAUCCUAACCCUCUCCGCCCUCGCCCUCUACACUACCCUCCGCCACCACCAUCACCACCCUCGCCCUCCCUUCGCCGCCGCCGCGAAAAACCCCCUUUACUACCGCAAUAUCUUCCUCUCCACGGCCAACAACUACACCAUCGCCGGAUAUCUCCGAAACCUAACCCUCCACCCCCACCUCGCCGGCACUCCCCUCUCCCUCUCGACCGCCGUCUACGUGCAAUCGCACUUCCAAACCCUAGGCCUAACCACCCACAUGACCAACUUCUCCGCCCUACUUUCCUACCCCACGCGCUCCUCUCUCUACGCACGCUUUAUCAACGGCACUGUUCACCCCGUCCCCCUCUCGGAGCCCGACGUUCCCCAAAACGGCGUCGUGCUGCCGUACCACGCUUACUCCCCCUCCGGCACCGCGUACGGCGAGGCGGUGUUCCUCAACUACGGCAGGGAUCAGGACUACCGCGCGCUGGGUGUAGAUGUCAAGGGCUGCGUGGGGUUAGUCCGCCGGGGUUCCGGGAUGUCGAGGUACGAGGUCGUGCGAAACGCGGCGGCGCACGGUGUGUCGGCGGUGCUAAUGUACACCGAGGGUGAGUGUAAAGAAGGGGUAGAGAGGGGGACUGUGAUGAACGGCUUGGGCGACCCACUUAGCCCCGGUUGGGCCGGGAUUGAAGGUGGUGAGGAACUUGACUUGAACGAUCUACAGGUGGCCGAGAAAUUUCCAGGUUUGCCCUCGUUGCCCAUAUCGGAGACGGCGGCAGAAAGUAUAAUUGAGUCGUUGGAAGGGGAGAAGAUGCCCCAUCAGUGGAUGGAGAGUUUUCAGAGUGGUAAUAGAAGAAUUACUCGGGUGGGACCCGGCCCGACUAUGCUCAAUUUUACGUACGAGGGCGAGAAAAAGAUGGCAACCAUCCAUAAUGUAUUUUCAGUUAUAAAAGGAUCAGAAGAACCGGAUAGAGCAGUUCUUUUAGGCAACCAUAGAGAUGCAUGGACUUAUGGUGCUGUUGAUCCUAAUAGUGGAACUGCUGCUCUACUUGAUAUUGCCCGUCGAUUUUCUCUUCUAAUGCGUUUAGGUUGGUAUCCAAGAAGAACAAUCAUUCUUUGCAGCUGGGAUGCUGAAGAAUUUGGGAUGAUUGGAUCAACUGAAUGGGUUGAGCAAAACCUUGUGAAUCUUGGUUCCAAAGCAGUGGCCUACAUUAAUGUGGAUUGCGCAGCUCAGGGGCCUGGUUUUUUCGUGAGUUCAACUCCUCAGCUAGAUGACCUUAUUGUUGAGGUAACAAAGCAGGUUAAAGAUCCUGAUGCGGAGAAUUUAUAUUUACAUGAGCGGUGGGCAGCUGCCAACAAAGGUGUCAAUCCGAUUCAGAGACUCAGCAGAGUUGAUUCAGAUUUUGCUCCAUUUUUGCAACAUGCUGGGGUUCCUUCUAUUGAUUUAUACUUCGGAAUUGAUUUCCCAGUUUAUCAUACAGCUUUUGACUCCUAUGAUUGGAUGGUGAAUGUUGGGGACCCCUUAUUUAAGCGGCAUGUAACAGCGGCAGGAAUAUGGGGACUCGUUGCACUUCACCUGGCUGAUGAUCCGAUUCUGCCUUUUAACUACCUUUCUUAUGCUACUGAAUUGCAGGAGUAUAAAAACGUGCUGAAUGAGUUAUUGGGAGGCACAAUCUCGUUGGAUCCCAUUGCUGAUGCCAUCCAAGAAUUCAUCACCGCUGCAAAUGUAACCGAGGAAGAAAUCAAGAAACUGAGGGUGGAUCAGAGCUCGGACGAAUCUACAGUAUUGAGGAGGCGCAUGUUAAACGAUCGACUAAUGCUUACUGAAAGAGGCUUCUUAGAUCCCGAGGGUCUCCCCGGAAGGCAAUGGUUCAAGCAUCUUAUAUAUGGGCCUCGUGGGGAUAGUGAAAGCAAGAUUGAUUUUUUUCCUGGAAUAGGUGAUGCAAUGUCUGAAAGAAGAGGGGAGAAGGAAAGAAAGGCAAUGAUUACGCACGAGAUGUGGAGAGUUGCUAGGGCCAUUCAAAGAGCAGCUACUGCUUUGAGAGGCGAAUUCACCUGAUUGAUUCAUCGAUCGAUCGAUAGAUCACUCAAGGCUGGUGGAGUUGUGUAUAUUAUUAUUUCAAAUGUUUUCUUGCUUCUCUUCAAGUUCAAUUCCUUGCACCCCUCCCUCCUCUCAUCAUUCAUUGAAAAUUUGAAGGAUUUAAAAUGA